AUAUUGAAUACUCAGAUUCGAAAUUUAGAGUGAUAGUAUAUACAAUAUUUUCCCAUUAAAAUAUGUUUUGGUAUAAGACAUUUUAGGACUGUUUUCUGAGCUGUUUCCACGAGACUUCCUUUCUUUUAAAGCAAGAUGAAGUCAUCCUUCUCAAAUCAUUACUUUCUGGCUUUGCUCUCUGUUAAGAAAAAGAAAAAAAGACAGAAGGGGGAAAAUUAUCAGUUAUUGAUCAUAGCCAAAAGUUUGCUCUCUCAAUGGAGAUUGUUAUUGCCAUCGUUGGCUCUAUUGUCGCCAAAGCUGUAGAGUAUACGAUCUCUCCUAUCAAAAACCAUGUCAAAUACCUUUCCAAUCAUCAGAAAAAUGUUGAGACCCUCAAGAACCGAGCUAAUAGGCUGAAAGAUGCAAGAGACGGAGUGCAGCAUUGUGUUGAUGCAGCUAAACGAAAUGGUGAGGAGAUCGAAGGUGAUGUUGACAAAUGGCUGUCUGCAGUCGACAAAAAGAUCCUUGAACAAGUAGAGGAAGUGAUGCAAGAUGAAGAAAAAGCAAAGAAAAAGUGUUUCAUUGGUUUGUGUCCUAAUUUCAGGACUCUUUACAAGCUUAGCCUGAAAGCUGAAGAGGUGGCAAAGGCUGUUGCCGAGCUACUUGAGCAUGGCAAGUUUGAAAGGGUUUCCUAUCGUGCAGCUCCAUAAGGUAUCGUGGUUGCACCAGUUAAAGGUUACCAGGAAUUGAGUCAAGAACCUCGAUUUUGAACAGAAUUAUGGAGGCACUAAAAGAUGAUAGCGUCAGCGUUGUUGGGGUGCAUGGUAUGGGUGGGAUUGGAAAAACAACGCUGGUCAAAGAAAUCGCUAGAAAGGUCAAGGGCAAGUUGUUUGAUUCGGUUGUCAUAGCAACCGUAACUCAAGCCAUCGAUAUUGAGAAGAUUCAGAACCAAAUUGCAGACUUCUUGGGCUUGAAAUUUGAGGAACAGAGUAUGGUUGGAAAAGCAUUUCGACUACGAGAAAGAUUGAAGGAGAAGAGGAUUCUGGUUGUGUUGGAUGAUAUUUGGGAAAAGUUAGAUAUUGAGGAAGUUGGGAUUCCUUUGGGAGAUGAACACAAGGGAUGCAAGUUGCUGUUAACUUCUAGAGAACUCAAUGUUUUAUUAAAUGGGAUGGAUGCUCAGAAAAAUUUUCCCAUCGGGGUUUUAAAUGAAAAGGAAGCCUGGGACCUGUUCAAGAAGAUGGCUGGCAACUGUGAUGAAAGUUGCGAUUUGAAGCCUAUAGCUAUGGAGGUAGCCAAAAAAUGUGCAGGAUUGCCAAUAGCCAUUGCGACAGUUGCAGGGGCUUUGAGAAACAAAAGGUUGUUUGAAUGGAAGAAUGCUUUACGAGAACUGGAGAGGCCUUUGUCAAGCAACUUCACGGGGAUAACUGCGGCAUAUUCAGCUAUAGAGUGGAGUUUUAAUUAUUUAGAAAGCGAGGAAGUUAAGCUGACUUUCUUGCUUUGCAGUGUAAUAGGCCAUAAUGGUCUGGUGGAGGACUUGGUAAGAUAUACUCUAGGUUUGGGUUUAUUUGACGGUGUCUACACUAUGGAAGAAGCUAGAAAUAAAGUAUUGACGGUUGUGGCUAAUCUCAAAGCGUCUGCCUUGUUGCUUGAUGGUUAUAAUGAUGAGUGCUUUGAUUUCCAUGAUGUUGUUUGGGAUGCUGCUUUAGCCAUUGCAUUGAAGGACUAUCGUAUGCUUGUUUUGAGAGAUCAUGUUCCAAAGGAGUGGUCCGCUAAGGAGAAAAUAAAUAGCUGGAGUGUGAUCAGCUUACGUUGUCCUCAGAUUAUAGCUAACCUUCCUAAGGAGAUGGAGUGUUCAGGUCUAUCCUUCUUCCUUAUGGCCGGCGCAGUUAAAAUUCCUCCCAAUUUUUUCAAACAAACCAAAGGCCUCAAAGUCUUAGAUUUGUUCGGAAUGCAGUUUUCAUCCCUACCUAAAUCAAUUAUUCACCUCACAGACCUUCGCAUGUUGUGUCUAAAAGAAUCUGCAGUUGAUGACAUAACCAUCAUAGGAGAGCUGAAGAAUUUAGAAAUCCUUGACCUUUCUAAGUCAGGUAUCAAAGAACUACCUAAGGAGAUGGCACAAUUGACUCAAUUAAGGUUGUUAGAUUUGAGUUGGUGUAGAGAACUCGAAAUCAUCUCACCAAAUGUCUUAUCAAGUUUAUCUGAAUUAAAAGAAUUAUAUAUGGGUGGAAGCUUUGUUGAAUGGGAAAAGGAAGGAGUAGCUGAAAAUGAGAAGAAAAAUGCAAGCCUUGACGAAUUAAACAAUUUGCCUUGUCUAACUACUUUAUAUGUUCAUAUCCCUGAUGCCCAAAUGAUUCCAAAGCAUCGAUUCUUUGAAACUUUGGACAAAUAUGUUAUUUGUGUAGGUGAUUAUAAUAGGUGUGUAUGGUACCAAAAUCAUGAAUGUUUGAGAACAUUUGGACAAUGGGUUGAAAAUGUUGCUGAUUAAGACUGAAGCUUUGUACCUAGAAGGACUUGAAGGCGUCAAGAAUAUACUUGCGGAGUUAAAUAAUGGGAAAGAUCUUCCACAUUUAAAGAGACUUCACGUCAAAAAUGGUAUGCAUGUCCAGUAUAUUACAAUGAAUGAAAUUGGGGUUUCGGAAUUAUGCUCCAUCACCCUUAAAAAUCUACCGCAACUCAUUAGCUUUUGCUCUCAAGACAAAAGGUGUUUCACUGUUUCUGAGCCCUUACCACUUUUUAAUAAACAGGCAUGUCAUUGGAUUACGAAUUUGAGGAGCUUGAUCAUCGACGGAUGUGGUAAGUUGGAGCAUCUGUUAUCAACUUCUCUCGCUAGAAGUCUGGUGCAGCUCCAAUGCUUUAAGAUAAAGGAUUGCAAGGGCUUAAGGGACAUAAUACUUACAGAGAAAAUUGAAGAAGAAAGGAAAGAUGUGAUUUGUUUGCCUCGGUUAAACUCCCUGCAUAUAGUAGGACUUCGAAACCUCAUUUUCUUUUGCUCAGGAAAUUAUAAUAUCGAGUUCCCAUUGUUGAAAAACCUAGAGAUUGAGGGUUGCUCAAAAUUAAAAGAAUUCAUUAGUCAAACUAGUACGCAGUCCGGCAUGUAUACUCUCUUCAAUGAGAAGGCUGCAUUUCCUAGGUUGGAAAGGAUGAAAAUCGUCAACAUGAUAAAUGUGAAGAUGAUAUUUCAUAAUGACCUAGCAUCAAGUUCCUUACAAAAUCUACGAGAAAUAAGAGUUGAGAGAUGUGGGAGUCUGAAAAAUCUAUUUCCAGUGUCAAUAGCCAAAGAUCUUCCACAACUUGAAGAUUUAUGCAUCACUAAUUGUGGAGUGGAGGAGAUUGUAUCGAAAGGGGAAGGAGUGGAGGAGCAGCCUGUGAGGUUUGAGUUUCCGCAGGUGUCUUCCCUUGAGGUUACAUCCCUAAAAAACCUCAAAUGUUUCUAUGAAGGGCAACAUACAAUAGUCUGGCCCAUGUUGAAAAAAUUGAAAACAGAUUGUUCUGCUUUGCUAAAGAUAGUGGCUUCGGAACAUCUUAGAUUAAUCCAAGGAAAUGAGCAACCAGUUUUGUUGGUUGAAGAGGUGAUUCCCAAAUUAGAGAAACUUAAGUUACUAGAUUUUGGUGAUCUGGACCAGUUUCCACCAGCUUUGUUUCAAGAUAUUAAAGUUUUGGAAGUGACAGGUGGCAUUCGAUCUUCUAUAUUUCCUUUCGUCCGAAGAUUCUGCAAUCUGGAUAGUUUUCAGCUUUUUGGUUUUAAUUUCAAAUACAUAGUCCCUUGUAAAGGAGAUGCUGGGACUCGCUCACCAAUUAGAAAUUUGGUAUUGGUUAAUGCCAUAAAUCUUAAGCAUAUAUGGAGCAAAGAUUCGGAGCUUGACCAUAUUCUUUCUAAUCUCCGAACACUCAGAGUUGGGGCAUGUGAUGAUUUGAUAAAUAUUAGAGCCUCCUCAUCAUCUUUACAAAAUCUCACAACUUUGAAUGUGUACUCUUGCAAAAUGAUGACAAACUUAGUUACACCCUCAGUAAUUAAGAAUUGUGUGCAAUUAACGACAAUGAGCGUAGAGUACUGCACUAAAAUGACAGAAAUAGUGGGAAACGAGGGAGACUACCAUCAGACAAUAGUUGUGAGUAAAUUGAAAUGUUUAGAACUAAGCAAUUUACAGAGCCUCACAAGCUUUUGUCCAGGGAAUUACACCUUCAACUUUCCUUGUUUGGAAGAAUUAAUUGUGGCACAGUGUCCUAGGUUAAAGAUAUUUUCUGAGGGAGUUUUAAGCACCCCACAAUUACGAAGAGUAAAACAGUCGGGUUACCGUGAGAAAUGGAGUUGGACAAGUGACUUGAAUACAACCAUACAACAGCUUUACACGGAAAAGGAUGGAUUCUCUGACGGACGAUCUUUGAACAUCUCUGACACAUGUCCUAAGUCAAUAGAAAUAUGGAUUAGGAACCCUCAAGAAAUUUUGGGCAGAAACCUUAUUUCUCUGAAUUAUUAUAAAUGUAGCAGCUUGAAGUACAUUUUUACUCCGUCUAUGCUUUUGAGCCUCAAUCAACUAGAAUGGCUAGAAGUAAAAGAAUGCAAUUCAAUGGAACAAGUGGUUAGGGAGGAGGAGGAGGAAGCAAUGACACAUAAAUUUACAUUUCUUGAGCUAUUCUCCAUAAGAAUUGAAUCAUGUCCCAACUUGACAAAUUUCCAUUUGGGAAGUCAAGCUCUUGAAUUUCCAGAGUUGUUUAGAAUCAAAAUAGUUGAUUGUCCAAAACUGACUGCAUUUUCUUCCUCAACUUCAAGAGAGAUUGGUGAUGCAAGUGAAAACGUGGUUGGCAAAGGGGGCAUCUAUGAUAACAAUGCAGCUUUUUUCAGUAAUAAGAUAAGUUUGGUAUUUAAUAUUUAUCUGCACAACUUAUUUCACAUUUUCUUUUUAUUUGAUCACCAUGAGUGUGUCUGGUCUAUAUAUACAUACUAGUAUUAAUGUCACGUGCUACACGUUGUCAAAAUUUAAUAUAAUAAAAUCCAUAAAAGUAUUAAUAAAUAAGAUAA